AUGAUACCGUGGUCAUCCUUCGUCCAAAAGGCCCAGAGCCUGAUUGACCCGGCCAACUUCAAUAUCCCCACUCUCUCCUCAUCCGACGAUAAUCCCUCCAAAGCGUCGCUGUUUCGCCAACAAUUCCGCCUCCCUGAUUCUCAGAAUCCACUUCAGGAGAUCACCGCAGACCUCGUCCUCCCACUCCCCAAUUCUCCCGGAAGCCAGGCAGAUGGGUCACGCAAGACAGAUCGCGCGGGGAAUACAUACACCGGACGUCUUCAUCUAAGUGAGCGUUUCAUCUGUUUUUCAACGCAGCCGACCAGUUUCAUUCCCUCCGCCACAGCAAGUGCGUCGACGACUUGGACCGGUCAGACUCAUGGAACUGGCCCGUCGGGUAAUGGGUUCAUUCUUCCGCUAUCCAGCAUCCGGCGCGUCGAGCGUCUUCAUAGCGCUAGUCAUGUAUUCUCAUUGGCGCUCACAACGUGGAACGGGUUGCUAAACAAGCAGCAAGAGGCCAACUUGGCUCCUCAGCGCCUCAUUCUGCAGCUUGUCGGUAGCAGGCAAGCUUGCGAGCGAUUCUGCGAUACACUCAAGAAGGGCCUGCGGGAAGGCAUGAAGGAAGUCGAAAACCUGCGCACUGUCGUCGCUGAUUGUUAUUCUGAAUACUUGCUGUCAGGUGCGAAAGGCAAGGGACUGGAUGGGGCUGAAGGCGACGGACGUCAGCCCCCCGAUGCUGGUCUGGGUCUCAUAUUCCGCUACCCCGGUGAUGCGCGUAAACUUCGCGAUCGCAGCAAGAUGAGACUUUGGGGGGAAUACUUCAGAGAAAACGGCCGCAAUGCCACGCUGGUUCGCCAGCCAACCUUCCAUAAGCUGAUCAGAGUUGGUCUGCCUAAUCGACUCCGAGGAGAAAUCUGGGAACUUACCUCCGGCUCCCUGUUCCUUCGUCUGAGAGCUCCCCAGCUCUACCAACAGACCUUGGCAAAAUUCGAGGGACAAGAGUCUCUAGCCAUUGAUGAGAUUGAAAAAGACUUGAAUCGUAGUCUGCCAGAAUAUCCAGGGUUCCAGAGCGAAGAAGGAAUUGGGCGUCUGCGGCGAGUUCUCACGGCCUACAGUUGGAUUGACCCUGAGAUUGGGUACUGCCAGGCUAUGAACAUCGUAGUUGCUGCAUUGUUGAUAUAUAUGUCGGAGGCCCAGGCCUUCUCCAUUCUCUCUGUAUUAUGUGAUCGGCUCUUGCCCGGGUACUAUUCGACCACGAUGUAUGGCACCCUUCUCGAUCAAAAAGUCUUCGAGUCUUUGGUUGAGAAGACAAUGCCCGUUCUUUGGGAUCACCUCACCAAAUCGGAUGUCCAGCUUUCUGUGGUGUCUUUGCCGUGGUUCCUUUCCCUCUACAUCAACUCUAUGCCACUGGUGUUCGCAUUCCGUGUGCUAGAUGUGUUCUUCUUGGAAGGCCCCAAAGUGCUUUUCCAGGUCGGCCUUGCGAUUCUUCGCGUCAAUGGCGAGGAACUUCUGGAGACACAAGACGAUGGAUCGUUCAUCUCUGUUCUGAAAUCAUACUUCUCACGAUUGGAUGAAUCUGCACACCCAAGAUCAGAGAAUCCCAAAUUGCGAGCUAUCACCAGAUUCCAGGAGUUGAUGGUUGUAGCCUUCAAGGAAUUCUCGGGUAUCACCCACAGUACAAUCACAGAGACACGCGAGAAGCACAAGGGUGCCGUGUUGGAGAACAUCGAAACUUUUGCAAAGCGUACUUCUAUCCGCAAUCUCGGCCCCGAAAGCAAGCGUUUGAGCGUGGAUGACCUCGGGACUAUUUACGAUCGAUUCUACGAAACGUUAUAUCAAUGGCAGCAGCACCAGAGAGUCCUCGAGGAAGAAAAGAGACUCCAAGAAAGGAAAAAGUCCCAGAGGCUUUCUAUCCUGGCUCCUCCUGCAGACAGGCAAGUUGGCCGCGUGGGUCUUGGACCAAGCCCCACGCAUAUGGAUUAUGACGCCUUCAGGGAGUUUUUGGCUGCCACAUCCAAAUGGGCAGUUGCAGACUCGCCUGGGCCAUCCAGGAAAGGAUCUGGAGGCCAGUCGGCCCUGUGGGCAAAUCGCCGCCAACCGGCUGAUCACGAGUUCAUGCAACGUCUCUAUCGCAAAUGGGCUACAAACCCUGAAGAGGGACUCAAUCUCCAAUGCGUGGUAAAUGGUCUUGCGCGGCUCAAGGGCUCACCCGACAUCAUGAAUAACAUUAAUUACUUCUUUGAUCUAUAUGAUGACAGUGGGAAUGGCCAGGUUGACCGCGAAGGAAUUCUCAAAAUUUCCGAGGCUCUCCUCUUCCUCUCCAGACGAGGAUUCGAAGGGACAAUCACAGCCACUCCAUCGGUGGAGAAUCUGAAUACCCCCGCUGAUCGUGACAAUGGGGAGAACUCACUUACCACCGACGAGAAGUUCCUAGGCAGUGUCAGCGCAUUCAUUCGUCGGUGCUUUGAAUAUGCCGACCCCAGCCACCCUGAGAAUCAGAAGUCGGCUCCUAAGGAUGCCACCGAGGAAGCAACCGCACAACUGGACGCAUUCGCCAUCGGUGACGAUGACGAAGAAGAUCUCAUCGACAUUGAGGGUGAUUCCAAUGCCAAGGACUCAACAGCGAGCCCGACACCUCAGCCUGAAUCAGACACCAAAGAUCAUAACCCCUCGACAUCCGAGUCUGCAAACCCGGCCUUGGAUCCCAACAACCCUCUCCAUAUCACACUUCCUACCUUCCGAAUGGUCGUCCUGGCCGACGAGCUUCUCGAACAAUUCUUCGAAUCUUAUUUCCCACAAUCCUUCCAUCUCUCCGAUCAUCCACACCCAGCAGCUCUAGCCGCCUCAUCGACAAUGUCAUCCAACCUCACAACAUUCUCCAACAUUGGCAGCAUCCGCUCCAGCUCAAACGCCUCGGCCCCAGUAGCCGGCGCAUCAGGAGGCAUCGUCCCGCCCGGCAAAGGACUCCGCGGUGUCCUCGACAACAUCGUCACCGACGGAAUCCGCAUGGCCGCCGAAGUCAAGAAGCGAAUGGACGAGGCACAGCGUGAUCUUGAGCGUAACGCUCUUGGCAACAACCAUCGUGAUGAAGAUGACGAAGAAGACGACGAAGACGAUUACCCUCGUCGUGAAUCCAACGUCAUGGCAGGCGGUAUCUCCAGCUGGGGCGCUGGCGCCUACAGUGCCGAUACCGAGCGUCGGAGUGUUGUCCGUGAUGCUGAUCGGGAUCUUCUUGAAGGCGCCGAGGUCCUUGAUGGUGGCAAGGAAGAGAGGACCUCGUUGCUGGAUGGAAAGGAUGUUUCUCAGAACCCUUCGAAGCCUACAGCUUCACAGGCUCCUGCUCAUCGUGAUGGUGAGGUCAUCAGUGAGGUUGUUGAAUUUGAAUCAUGA